CAAAUAAUUUGCCGAACCAAAAUAAACCAAAGCAAAAUCAAAACAAAUGGCUGCAAUAAAGCACAAUCUUCAACAAGAUUUAUUUAGACCAAGUGAUGAAGCAUUGUAUUCUGUAGUAAAUGUUGCAAAAGCAGGAGCGGGUAAAAAAAAGAAAACCAUUUUCUUAUGUGCUGCAGUCACAAAAGAGAAGCCAUUUCAAGUGCGAAUAUACCAAGUAGAAAAAUCUGAAAAAGAAGUUUUCAAAAAAAAAAACUGCUGGAAUUUAAGCGAUUUGAGAAUUGUAGAUGGAAAGUAUAAUCAAUCGGAUUCUCUAGAAUUUGAUUUACACUUUGAGAAAAUAUACAAAUGGCAUGCUAGUCGAACACUUGAUCGGAAUCAAUUUAUUGAAACUCUUUGGACUCUUGUGCGCCGAUAUGGUGGUGAGUCCAAACCAAAAUUUCAGAAUGUCAGUCACCAUAUUUUUGAUGCAGAACCUGAUGCAUUUUGUGCUAGUGUUUUGAAAGGGUCGCAACAAAAUCAAGAAACUCAAGAUGAUUAUCAAAAACUCACUCCAAAAGAAGAGAAUGAUCUUAACAAAAUAUUGGACCAAUUUGAAGGAGCACUUACAAAAGUUGAGAUUUUUACUGAAAAGCUAUCUACAGAAUUGCAACAACUUGAAUAUAUAAACAUAACAUCAUUGAUGGGUUCAGAGCAGCAAGCUAAGGAUCUCCUAUCCUUGAUUGAUAAAAGUGCAGACGAAUUAAAUAUACUUGAUAAACGAUUACAGUUGUAUGAUCAUUGCCUGCAGAAAGUAAGUGAUCAAAUGGGACAAAUGGAAUUUAAAGACAACCGAAUGGAAGUUGAAAGAUCAAGUAACAAACAGCUUUUAGAGGAGAUCAAAUAUAUUGUAGGUAGGUUAGAUAUCUCACAACGUCAUAUUCGUUCUUUACAAGAAGGAGAUUUAUACAACCCAUUGGGAAUUGCUGAGUGUAUCUCUGCUGCAAAAAUAUUGUUAGAUGCAUAUCAUACACCAUUUAAUCCUGGUAUCACAGAGUUGACUGCUGUUCAAGAACAGCUUAAAGAAGUAAUGAAGUUAAAAUCUCAGUUUGCACAACGGUUCUACAAUCAUCUUGAAAAAUUUAUUUUACAAUAUAGUAGUGUUGAUCAAGCAUCAUACAAACCCAAUAACGAACUUUCAUUACCGCCUCAUGAAUCUGUACAUGAAGAUUUCCAGCCAUAUGUCGAACUUAUGAAAUGGUUGAAGGAUCUUGAUAAUGAAAAAUAUAUAGAAAUUAAAACGCGCUACCAAGAAUCUUUCUCAAAAGUAUAUGAAAAAGAAUUUUCUGAAUACCUUGGUUUUGCCAGAAUGAAAGCAUCAAUGAAAGUGAAAGGUCAAAAGUCUGGCUUUUCUCUAGCAAGUGCUUCUAGUUAUGAAAAUACAGGCAAAAAUAAACCAUCAAUGCUUCGGUUUAAAAAAGAAACAAAAAUGAAGAGAUCUACCUCAAUUGAAUCAAUGGACUCAAUGGUUUCAGUAGAAUCAUCAGCAUCAUUUAUCAGUGGAAAUAAUUCAACUCAAUUUGACCAGGUACUUGAUGUAGUUUUAUCAGAAAUUGAACCUUAUGUUUCUGCUGAACAAGAUUUUUGCGCUUCAUUUUUCCAUUUACGUUAUCCUGGGGACAAUCAAGAUCAAGUUUCAGCUAAUUCUACCACAGAUGAUUUUACUGAUGGUGCAAUGAUGAGUCGAUCCAAGUUUGAGAUAAAAAACAACAAUGACGAAAGUGUUAGGAAAGUUGUUGAUGAAGUUCGAGAUAUGAUGAAAAGCAUGUUUUGGUUUUUGGAUCUGCAGUUUCAAAACUUUAUUUCGUAUGGAGAGAGCCUACAUCCUUUGCACAUCCUUUAUGCUAUGUAUCGCAUACAGAAUCAAGCAACGCAUUUGGUCAUUAGUCAAGCAACUGGUGCACCUCCCACAUUUUUAGGAACUUUAUUUGGCAAUUGGCUUGUAUUUACAAAGAGAUUAUUUGAUAAAUAUGUGGAUUCUCUUUGUGAAAAGAUAAGAGAAGGCAACAAGUCAACAAAAAAAAAGCGAUCAGGAAUUCUUACAGAUGUUACAGUUGUUGAGCAAUUUUUCAAAUCUUCUGAAAAUAUAUUUCAUGGCUCCGAAAGGCGUGGAGAAAUUGACAAAGCUUAUCAAAAGCUCAUUAAUGUAUUAGUUGACAAGAUUUAUUCAGUUGCGGAGACCAAUGACAAACCUCCUCCUGAAAUUGUGAUGUUUGAAAAUUAUCAUUAUCUUCAUAGCAUGAUAAGAGGGCUGAAAAAUGCAAAUUUAGAAAAUGAAAAACGAGGGGUUGAGCAAAAGUACUAUGACGUAAUGCAUCAAUAUAUUGCAACUAGACUUGGUCGACCUCUGGAUCGAAUGAGUAGAUUUUUUCAGGGAGUGGAGUCGUGUAUCAAUUCUGGUGUCAAAACUGAAGAUAUUGGUUACCAGAUCGCUCUAAAUCAACAAGAACUUAAAAACGUUAUAAAAGAAUAUCCGCCAAAGGAGGUCAAAAAGGGUUUAGAAGUUCUUUACCGAAAAAUUGAAAAGUAUGUGACUGAAGCUGGACUGACUCAGGUACUGUGGCAUAACCUGCAAGAGGCUUUUGUUCGCCAAUAUGAGCGUUACCAAGAGCUUGUUAAUCUUUGUUAUCCAAAUUCAAAUAUAAAACUUCCAGUGACAAUUGAAGAAAUAUUAGAGUUUUUUUCAAUUAUUGCUCAAUCUCAUUAACGACAAUCUUAACUAAGAUUUCUUUGUCAUCAAUAAAGCCGAUUCCUAAAGUUCUUAAAAUUAUCUAAAAUCGUCGCUAAUGAGAAAGUUGAAGUUUUUAAGUACUCCCAACACUUGUAAUUGAUAUUAAAAAAGUUCUACUGUAUGUAAAAAAUUAAAUUUCUCUGUUUUUUUUACUAAGUCUGCUCUGUUUUUAUAUAAUCUGUUGUUUUCUUAAUAAAAUCUUCUGCUUUUUAAACUUAUAAAACCGUAAAUAACUAAAUUACUCCUCUUUCUCAAGCCUUAUCAAUUUUUAUAGCAUUAACUAAAUAUGCAUUUUAAAAAAAAAUUAUUUAGUUUUAUAUAUUUUUAAUUUUGUAAAAAAAAAGUGAAAAAAAUUAUUUUUUUGAAA